AUGAAACUAACCUUAAUUUUAUUUCUUUUUUUAUAUCUAAUAAACUAUUCAAAUUGUAAUAAUGAUAAUAAAAAAUUAACAGAAAAAUUAAAAAAUGCAUUAAAUGAAAAUAAUAAAAAUAAUAAAAUAAAAAUAUGGGUAUUUUUUAAUUCAAAAGAUUUCAAAAUAGAUAAUAAUAAUAAUAAUUAUAUAGACAAUGACUAUAUGCUAUCAUUAACAAGUUUAAAUAAAGAAUCAAUAGAAAGAAGACUAAAAAGAGGUUCUCAUAAACACUCAAUAAUAGAGGAAAGCGAUUUACCAGUUUCUGAAAAAUAUAUUAAUCAAGUAUUACAAUGUGGAAAUGAUAAUGAAAUACAAAUUCAUCAACGUUCAAAUUGGUUAAAUUCGAUUUCAAUCACAAUAAUUUCCAAUAAUAUGGAAAAUAUUAGAAACCAUGUAAUUCCAUGUAUCAGUUCAAAACCAUUUGUUGAAUCCAUCGAUUUGGUAUCAAAAUUUAAAAAACCAACAAUAGAUCAACAAACCAAUCAUGUGCAACACAAAAAGAAUAAAUUUAAUAAAUUAAACAAUAUAAAACUAUUACAAAAAUCCAAGAACAACAAUGGAGACUCUGACAUGGAUAUGGGAAAUGAAAAUUUAUUUAAUGAAGAUUUUUAUGGUCAAUCUUAUAGACAAAUAAAGCAACUAAAUAUAGACAAACUACAUAAACUUGGGUUUGACGGAACAGGUGUAAUAAUAUUAAUAACAGAUACUGGGUUUUAUAAACAACAUGAAGUUUUCAAAAAUUUAAAUAUAUUAGGGGAAUACAAUUUUAUUGAAAAAAAUAAUAGGAUUGAAGAUGAAUUUAAUGGAACUUCAGAAUCAGUUGAAUUUUCGCAAAAUGAUCAUGGAACAGCAACACUAUCAGUUUUAGCCGGUUUUAAAAAAGGGCAUUUGGUUGGGACCGCAUAUAAUGCAUCAUUUUUAUUAGCAAGAACAGAAUCAUUAGAUAUGGAGGAUGUUAUUGAGGAAGAUUAUUUUGCAUCAGCAAUCGAAUGGGGUGAAUCAAGGGGAGCCCACUUGGUAUCAUGCAGUUUAGGUUAUCAAGAUUGGUAUAAUGUGGCAUCAGAUUUAAAUGGAAAAAUUUCACAUAUGACUAAAAUUGCUGAUUUAGCUAGUAAAAAGGGUAUGGUUGUUGUUUCAGGUAUUGGGAAUUCGGGUGAGGAUGGUUUAGGAGCACCAGCCGAUGGAAACUAUGUAAUAGCAGUCGGGGCAGUGGAUGCAAAAGGCAAGAGAGUAGAUUUUAGCUCUGUAGGACCAAGCAGUGAUUCAAGAAUCAAACCUGAAGUUAUGGCUUUAGGAAAUGAAGUAUAUUUAGCAGGAAUAAUGAAUACCACCAACUAUGUUUAUUAUAACGGGACAAGCUUUAGCUGCCCAAUCGUCGCUGGAGGUAUUGCAUUAUUAAUACAAGCCCAUCCCAACUGGACCCCAUAUCAAAUCUAUGAUGCAGUAGUUAGAAGUGCAUCAAACUCAUCCCACCCAGAUGUUUACAAUGGAUUUGGUUUAUUUGAUGCAUAUGCAUCUUAUAAAUAUAACCCAGAGGAAGGAGACUGUUCAAAUCUUGGAUGCAGAAAUGGAGGAGUUUGUAUUAAUAAAGAAUGUAUAUGCCCACAAGGAUACUAUGGAUAUUUAUGUCAAUAUGAAAAAAUAAAAUGUGGUACUCGAUGUCACCAACUAAAUGGAACAUGCCAAGUAGGCGACCAUAUAAGUAGCCCCUCCUAUUUAUGUUUAAACACUAUUCACCUUGAAGAGGAUACACCAUACCAGCUAUCCACAAGAUUAUUGACAAAUUUUUAUAUUUUAAAUUUGCUAUUUUUAAUAAUUAUAUUUUUAAUACAAUAA